CACAAGCACAUUCUUGUUUCUUAUUUGUUUAUCUAGUUUUGAUUUUUAAUUCUGACAAUCUGUAUAAAAUGAGGGGAGCUCUCUAUUCCGAUACAUAAGUUUACAAUCUUUCGAGAAAUUAUCAUCUUUCACUUAAGCAUCAUGUUCAAACUGGCUAUACUUUCUGCCAUCCUGGCUAUUGCUACUGCUUUCCCUGGGGGCCUUACUGGUAUUGUUUUAAAUCAUGAUUUGGGACCAAUUCAUACACCUCAGGUUAUCAGUCAUGGGCAUGUGAGUCAUCCUCAUAUCAUUGCUCAGCCAAUAGCUCCUGUUGUUCACAGUGCUCCUAUCGUAACUAGAACUUUUCUACCCUCUCAUGGACACGUCCUUGGACAUGGUCUUCAUGGACUUCAUGGUUAAAAAAUUAAAAUGCAAUCAUCAUCAUCAUUAUUAUUUAGGUCUUAUUGGUUAUUUGUGUUUAGUUAAAAAAAACAUUUGGAUUAGCAUUUAAAUUUUCUACUAUUGCCUGGAAAUGGUACAUAUCCUUAUACAAAUCUAAAAUUUAUUUUCUGAAAAAUUAAAAGUUCGUUAAUUAAAUUAUAAAUCAUGUUCAUUGUGUUUAGUUUCAUUGACAUUUGUUGAAAUUUAUAAUAAAAUUAAUUUUCUGUCAAA